CUUGUUCCAACAGUAAUACAAGUAAAAUUUUGUUCAAUCAAUUGUGAUUAGUUAACAGUUUAUGUUAAAUGUUAAAUAGUCAGAAAUUAGUUUAAACUUAUUGGUGGGAAGUAAUCAAAUCAUUUAAUUUUUGCUCAUCUUAAUUGCAGAAUUAUGGUUCCAAUCCAUCGGGAUUCUUAUUCUUUUCCUUAACCGUUGGUGUGUUUUCAAGACAAUAGAAAAUCAAUUGAAAAAUGAAGGUUCCACUUCCAAGACUCAUUGUAAUUGUAUUGAUUGUUGGAUUAUUAAUUGGGACAGUUAAUUGUGCUAUCAACUUUUCUGUUGAUUCACCACCAGCAUCAUACAUGACACCAAGAUUUCGAUUCUCACCGAUGAAAAUGUCAAUGCAAACGAGACACGGACCAGAAACUGGUCAAAUUAAAGUUAAAUUUCCCGAAAUGUCAAUAGUUAAUCAUCAAGAUGAGUCAAUUAUAAUCAAUGAGAAUGUUUCACCAAAUCAUAAAUUCGUUAACCCUUAUCAAGUAAUUAGACCUUCGCCAAUCGACCCAAUGUUUCAACGUCGGAAAUUAUACCGAAUGGCCGGAAAUCAAUAUAGUCGAAUGUACUUCGAUAAAGCUGCCAAAACAGUUUCAAUGUCUUACCUGAUGAUUCCGCCUCGAUUCACCAAUUCGACAAUUGAAAAAGGUCCAAGUAAACUUGUGAAGAUCAACUGUCCAAAUUGUUUCCAAAAUUCUCAGCAAAUUUCUCAUCAUCAUAACCAAAAUUUCAACAGUAAACCCAAAAAAGUUUUUUCUUAUCAAUACCAAGGAUUGAAAAGGCAAAAUACCCACGAUGGUAAUGCAGGUAAGGUGAACUUUGACCUUUCCAGAUCGCCAUUAUUCACUCCAUCGCCUCCUCAGGCGACCAUCAGAAUUUAUCACAAUUGAUUGGUUGAAAAGGUUAAUCGCUUCACCUCAUCGCAAUUAAGU